GUUAGCCUUGGGGGCCUUCAGAGUCACUUCAGGUCGUAACGGUGCAAUAUUUUUACGUAUAGUCUUCUUGAGAAUCUACGACUGUUUCAUUAGCUCUUGAAGCGCCUCGUAAAUUGGUUGCGGUCAGAGCGAAAGAGUAUUUCUUUGAACUUGUGUGAAUAAAAUCAAGCUGGUUAUAAUAAAAUUAAUCUCAAUAAACAAUCGGAUUCUAUAAAAAUUAGAGAUCAAAAGUGUCCGGUUAAGUUUCAUCUGACGAGAGAUACCGAAUAAUUAAAUUAAGACAUGAAGUGGAUAAUAUUUAGUUUUACGCUUUUAAUAUUUACAUUCCGGAUAUGGUGCCAAGACAUAGUUUUUCCAAAUGACGAAGAAAUGUCCCAUGUAAGUGGGAAUAAAGCGGAAAUAACAGAACGACUUCCUGUUAUGAUUCCUGGACGUUGUCCUGAAAACAUGCUACUGUAUCCUGGGGAUGGUCACGUCAGUGCUUGGAUAUGCGACUGCAGACCACGAUUUCUUUACUUUCCAUUGAAUAAUUCCUGUCACGAAGCUUAUAUGAGGGGACCCUGUCUUCCGAAAGAAUACGUUGUUCUGCCACUUGGUGAAUCGGUACCCAAGUGCGAGAAAAAUCCAUGCCUUGAGGAUGGUCUGGUGCAGUAUAAUAAUACUUGCUAUGGACUCAAGACCUCCGGUGGUCCUUGUGCACCAGAUGGUGUCUUGGGUGUGAAUGAAACUACAUUUGAAAUAGAAUGCAUACCCAAUGAGUUGGUACUUUUCAAUAUUAUUGAUGCACCGACUAAUCGGUGUCCUGCAGGAAGCCGUAGAAAUUCAUUGGGUGUCUGUAGAAAGAUGAUUUAAUGUAUACGUAUAAUUUAUAUAUUUCAUUGCCAUACUCAUUGGUACUGUUUUAUUACGAUUAAUAUUGCUCAAUAUUCUCACUUUAGAUUUUACCGUACAGAAUUGAAGAUUAGCUAAUCACAUUAUAUAUCACAGUAUAUGAUUGGUUAAUCUUCUUUAAAUACUAUACGGUGGAAACUGUCAAUGACAAGGAUCUGGUUAACAAUGUAUUUAAAAGUGCGCUCGAGCUUUAGGUUUUUAUAUUUACUUGAUAUGGUGUACACUGGCGCUUUUUUAAUUUUGUUACAAGAAUACUCCUAAUAUUAAACGCUUAUCAUUUAGGUUAA